CAUGCGCAGUACGUAGGGCGAGCAGCUUAGCUGAGUGCGCAAGCGUGAAAAGUCCACGUUGUGACUCACCCACACAGCUGCAGGGACGGGAAGAACCGACGAAAGAUGGGGGAGCAACGUCUAGUACGAAACGCUUUCCUCUGGGGGCUUAGUGGGAUUUAUCUGUGUGCUUUUGUUUCCUUGUACACACAGAUACCAGGGUUGUAUGGACGUGAAGGGAUCUUGCCUGCCUGGAAGAUGCUGCGAUUCUCAGGGAAAAAUGUAUUGGAGCAGUUCAGCGAUGCACCCACACUACUCUGGUUGGGCCCUUGGUUGGGACUUGACACAGAACAAGGCAUGGAAUGUAUUUGCCUAUUGGGAGCCAUCCUUUCUUUGGGUGCCCUGCUCUUCCGAUGCCUUCGAGAUAGCCUGGUUUUCCUUUUCCUCUGGGUUCUCUAUCUGUCCUUGUAUCAGGUUGGGCAAGUCUUCCUCUAUUUCCAGUGGGACAGUCUUCUCCUGGAAACUGGUUUUCUGGCUAUACUGGUCACCCCUUUACACAUCCUUCGCUCAAAGAACUCAAAGAGUACUUAUGAUGGCAUUACCUUCUGGCUGAUCCGCUGGCUGCUUUUUAGGCUCAUGUUUGCAUCAGGAGUUGUCAAGUUGACCAGCCGUUGCCCAACAUGGUGGGGGCUUACAGCUCUUACCUACCAUUAUGAGACCCAGUGUAUUCCUACUGGAGCUGCAUGGUAUGCUCAUCAGCUUCCAGUCUGGCUACAGAAGCUCUCGGUGGUGGCUACAUAUGUGAUUGAGAUUGCGCUCCCAUGGCUUUUUUUCCUGCCUUCUCGGAGGCUUCGUCUGUUCUCUUUUUAUGCACAAGUUCUGCUUCAGGUCCUCAUCAUCCUUACUGGAAACUACAACUUCUUUAACCUGCUGACAAUUGUUCUGUGCUUCUCUCUGCUGGAUGAUCAACACAUCACGGUUUUUCAGCAGGGCAAGAAAUCUACGCAAAAAGGUCGCUCAUUCUUCUCAUAUCUUGCGCUUCUUCUGGAUCUCAUAGUAUUUGGUCUGAUUGCUUUCUGGACGUUUAAAUAUUUUGAUCUUCAGAUCAACUGGGACAAGCGUUUGGUGGAGUCCAGGACAGCCUUUACUUAUCAUGACUUCAUGCAGUGGCUCCGUAAUCUCACCUUCCCAUCUAUCUGGGUAGCAGCUGCAUCUCUUGGUUGGGAAGUAGUUACUGGAAUGUGCAGGAGUACCUCUGUUCGUGGCUUCUUCUGGAAGCUUUGGUCUUUAAUACAGUGGGCAAUCUUCUCAUGUGCUGCAGUCGCUCUGUUUGCAGUCAGUCUGGUCCCCUACACUUAUAUGGAGUUUGAAUCAAAUGGGCAACUCUGGCCGCCUGUGAGGCAAAUGUUUAAGGCUGUGGAUCGCUACCAGCUAGUGAACUCGUAUGGCUUAUUUCGGAGGAUGACUGGUGUGGGAGGAAGGCCAGAGGUUGUGGUGGAAGGAAGCUAUGACCGUGUGACCUGGACGGAGAUUGAGUUUAUGUAUAAACCAGGAAACAUCAGUGCAGCUCCUCCAGUGAUUGUCCCCCAUCAACCUCGUCUAGACUGGCAGAUGUGGUUCGCGGCCCUUGGACACCAUUCACAAAGCCCAUGGUUUGUAAGCUUUGUGUACAGGCUCCUCCAGGGCAACAAAGAUGUUGUUCGUCUGGUACAGAAUGAUGCCUCUCUUUAUCCCUUUAAUGCACAUCCUCCACUUUACAUCAGAGCCCAGCUGUAUAAAUACUGGUUUACAGAGGCUGAUGAGACGGGACCUUUGUCUCAUAACUGGUGGCGCCGUCGUCACGUUGAGGAAUUCUUCCCUACUGUCCACUUAGGAGACCCCACCCUAGAUUCCCUUCUAAAUGACUAUGGGUUCAAGGACAAGCCACCUGCUCGUCGUUCCCUAGAUGCUGUGCUCCCCUUUACACUAAAGGUCAUCCGAGAUUUCCUGCACUCCUUCCCUGCUCCAUUGGUCCUAUACUCACUUUUUAUCACCGUAUUCACUGUUUGCAUUUUGCAAGCUCUGUUUACGGGAGGCAGCAAGUCAGGAAAUCCCAAACAACGGGGGCAUGAUAAGCCCCCCACUGAGAAGAAAAAACAGAAGGUGAGCAGUGGUCAAGGAGAUGCUACAAAAGCCCCUGCACCCACGGGAGACCUAACACGCAGAAAUAAGAAGAGUUAAAAGCAUUAGGAGUGACAGACUCUUUCUUCCACCUACAACUACUGUCUAUUA